CCAAACUCUCCCCCAACCCACCGGCGGCGGCGCAGCAGCAGGUAAGAUGGUGAAGUUUCUCAAGCCCGGCAAGGCCGUGAUCCUGCUGCAGGGCCGGUUCGCCGGCAAGAAGGCGGUGAUCGUGCGCGUGUUCGAGGAGGGCACGCGGGACCGCCCCUACGGCCACUGCCUCGUCGCCGGCCUCGCCAAGUACCCCAAGAAGGUGAUCCGCAAGGACUCGGCCAAGAAGACGGCCAAGAAGUCCCGCGUCAAGUGCUUCCUCAAGCUCGUCAACUUCACCCACCUCAUGCCCACCCGCUACACCCUCGACGUCGACUUCAAGGACGUGUCCACGGCCGGGCCCGACGCCCUCGCCACCUCCGACAAGAAGGUCACCCUCGCCAAGGCCGCCAAGGCGCGCCUCGAGGAGAGGUUCAAGACCGGCAAGAACAGGUGGUUCUUCACCAAGCUCCGCUUCUAGACCCACAGCAGAGCAGUGUCUGCGAGUACUACCCCCCGCUUUACAUUUAGCUUGCCUGUCCUUGGUAUCUGUCGCCUGUGCUAAGAUAUUCCCUGUUUUGUUAUUGAGCAUGAACAAGACUCUGUGUUUAGUGUGGAUCUUAUGAUGAAAUAUGAUGUCUCAUGUGUUGAAUCAUGUGAACAAUAGAUCUGAUUGGAAUUUUGGUCA